AUGGCGGCCACCGCGACAUCGUCCUCAUCGUCGACGGCAACGAGUACCUACAGCAGUGUUGUCGUCACAAGUUUCCCCUUCAACCCACUGACUACUCAAUUCGUGGCGCCGACGUAUUGCAGUGGCAUUUACAAUGGGGCCGUCUACAUGGUUGACCCCCAAGAGAACUGUCUGCCCACGAGCCAUUCGAAAGACGAGACAGCAUACUACUCGCCAGGAUAUGUCUGUCCUGAAGGCUACAUGACAGCCAGAGUCGACAACAAGGGCGUUCACAGCAUCACGACAGUCACUUGCUGUCCUUAUCGCAGCGAUAUCAUCCUCUCGGCGGUCGACCCUGCCACUCUUUCUGGCCAGUGGAUUGGGCUCUUCUGCACAUGGAUUGCGCCGGAGGGCACGCGCAUCGACAUCGUGCACACCGCCGAUACGAGCACGUGGAUUGAGCAAGAGUAUGUCACAUCCCCGGGCGGUGUCAACGCCUUCGGCGUCCGCAUGGUCUACCAGUCGACCGACGUGGCUUCAGCGACAGUGACAGCUACGGUCUCCCCUACGAGCACUGGCAACGUCACUGCACCUCAAGAAACCUCAUCGCCGGGACUAUCCACCGGGGCAUCCAUUGCUAUCGCGGCUGUCGUCCCGGUUGUCGUUCUAGGCCUGAUUGCUGGCGCCCUGUUCUGGUGGUGGAGGAAACGCCAGGCGUCCAAGUACAACCACGUAAACGGCAGCGGAACGCCUCAGGGCGCAAAUGGAUUGCCACCCGCAAACCCCAUGCAGCAGCAAGUCCACGAGGCACCGUCAGUGCAGCAGUACCAGGACCCAAACGCGUAUCAACCGCACCAUCAUCCGCCUAUGCAGACGAUGCCCUCCACACAGUCCUUCCCUUCGACAUACCCGUCAUCAACAGCGGCACCAUCUAAUCAAUCGCCCACCGUCCCAUUCUCUCAGCAGUAUGGCCACAAUGGGACGUACACCAGCUACGCGGGAUACAAGCCUCCGGGGGCGACGGAGGAAAACACAUCACCGGGGCAGACGUUCACAUCGGAGCUCCCAGCUCCCAACUUUGACCCGCCGUCCUCCUGCUCCGGCGUGUACUGGACAAACUCCGUCUUCGCCAUCGACAACGACCCGGCCUGCUUGCCGAACAAGUUCAACGGCGCCAGCACCGCCUUCUACUCCCCUGGCACCGCCUGUCCGACGGGCUACACCGCGCAGCCGCAGUGCUCUCGGAACAACGGCGUGCGCAGCAUCACGACCGUGACGUGCUGCCCGCACCGCGGCGACAUCACGCUGUCAUGCGUGGAGAACGACCUGACCCUGGCGGAGAGGUGGGAGACGCAGUUCUGCACGUGGAUGGCGGGCCCAGCGACGGUGGUGGAGUAUACGCUGGUCUCCGGGGGCAGCACGUCGAGCGCGGCGGCGACGAUGAGUGAUAGAGACGGCAUCAACGCGUACGGCAUCCGGAUGGUGUACCAGGCCAGCGAUCUAGUCUCAAACACCGCAUCGGCGACGGCCACGGGCACCGACAGUGGGGCUGGGACAACGAGUACCGGCGACAGCGGCGGCAGCAGCAGCGACUCCUCUACGAGUGACGGGCUUUCGACGGGGGGCAUCGUCGCCGUGGCGGUCGUCGUUCCGGUCGUUGUCAUCGCGAUACUUGCAGGUCUGUUCCUGUGCUGGAGGAGGCGGAAGCACAAGUAUGCGGGCGUGCAGCAGACGCAGCCUGGGUCAGACGGGCAGACGCCGCCUCAGCAGAGCGCGUACGCGUACCAGAACAGCAACUACCAGGGCAGCAGCUACGCGCCGAGCGAGAUGGCUGGAGGGAGCGUCGCGGGGUAUUACCAGAACGACAAGGUGCUGCAACCGGGGCAGGGAGUCGCGGGGCAGCAGUUUAAGGGGUACCCGCACCAGACGCCGGCUGCGCCUGCUGAGUUGCCGGUGGGAGAGGCGCCGGCGGAGUUGGAUGCUAGCGGAGGUAAUGGGAGCAUUCAGACGGGCAUGUAG